AUGCAGGAAGGCGUCAUUCUCCUGCUUCUCAUGAGUGCUGUGUCAGGAGGAGAGGCGCUGCACUUGAUCCACUUACCAGCUACGAGCAACGUGACAGAGAAUUCUCCACCAGAGACAGCAGUAUACAAGUUUGCUGUGAAUUUGUCAGUGUCACUGUCACCUAUGAGCCCAGGAUUUCCUCUGAUAAUCAACUCGAGUCCCCUCACUAAAGCCUUCAAGGUGAGGCCAUCAGGAACCAACUUCGAGGUUGUCACCACCGGGAAGGAGAAACUAGAUUUUGAAACAGGACCAAACAUAUUUGAUUUGCAAAUUUAUGUGAAGGAUCAGGUUGGUACCACAGACCUGCAGAUCCUCACAGUGCAGGUAACAAAUGUGAACGAGCCGCCUCAGUUUCCAGGCAACUUGGCAAAAGGCCUAGAGCUCUACAUAACAGAAGGCACAAAGCCAGGACUGAUUUACCAAGUGGAGGCCUUCGAUCCAGAAGACACAAGUCAAAACAUACCUCUCAGUUAUUCCCUGAUUUCUCCCUCAAAGAGCUUUAGACUGUCUGCUGAUGGUUCCCUCUUCUCUACAGAAGAAUUUGACUUUGAGGCGGGAAACAACAGCCACUAUCUCAUCGUGGAAGUGAGAGAUAGCCAAGGCCUCAACGUCUCCACAGCGCUCCAGGUGAACAUUGUGAACAUCAACGACGAAAUCCCUCGCUUUACCAGCCCAAAGCGAGUAUAUGCGAUUCUGGAGGAGCUGAGCCCAGGGACCAUUGUGGCCAAUAUCACAGCCAAGGAUCCUGAUGACGAGGGUUUCACCAGCCACCUCCUCUACAGCAUCACUACUGCUAACAGCUAUUUUAUGAUAAAUCAGCUAACUGGUUCAAUCCAAGUGGCCAGCAGGCUGGACCGAGAUGCUCAUGAAUUAAGACAAAAUCCCACCAUUUCUCUGGAAGUCCUGGUGAAGGAUAGACCCCAAGGGGGCCAGGAAAAUCGUGUCCAGAUAACUUUCCUUGUGGAAGACAUCAAUGACAACCCUGUGACUUGUACCAAGUUCACCUUCAGCAUUAUGGUGCUUGAAAGUGCAGCCAAGGGGACGCUGCUUCUGGACCUGAACAAGUUCUGCUUUGAUGAUGACAGCGAAGCACCAAACAACAAAUUCAACUUCACCACGCCAUCUGGAGUGGGGAGCAGCAGCAGAUUUUUACAGGAUCCAGCUGGCUCUGGGAGAAUUGUGUUGAUUGGUGAUCUGGAUUAUGAAAAUCCAAGUAAUCUGGCAGCUGGUAAUAAAUACUCCAUGAUAAUCCAAGUGCAGGAUGUUUCUCCACCUCACUAUAAAAAUAACAUCUAUAUUUAUAUCCUAACAAUCCCGGUAAAUGAGUUCCCUCUCAUCUUUGAUACGCCGUCCUAUGUAUUUAACGUGUCAGAAGUAAGCUCAGCCCGAGCUCGGAUUGGACAGGUACGAGCCACUGACAAGGACUUCCCCCAGAGCACCAUCGUCUACUCCAUCGCUGCAGGCGGGGCCAGCCUCCAGCACCCAAACAUAUUUUGGAUUAAUCCCAAGACAGGCGAACUCCAGCUGGUGACAAAAGCGGACUAUGAGACGACCUCCACCUAUACUCUUAGAGUCCAGGCCACCAACAGUGAGGCCACAGGCACAGCCAUGGUCACUGUGAAAAUCCUUGACGAAAACGAUGAAAAGCCAAUGUGUACCCCGAACUCUUCUUUCCUGGCCAUCCCGGUGGAUCUGAGAGUUGGCACAAAUAUUCAAAAUUUCAAGCUGACGUGUACUGACCUUGAUUCCAGCCCCAGAUCCUUUCGUUACUCCAUAGGCCCAGGCAACAUCAACAAUCAUUUCACCUUCUCACCCAAUGCUGGGUCCAAUGUGUCCCGCCUGUUGCUUGCAUCUCGAUUUGACUAUGCUGGUGGACUUGACAAAGUCUGGGACUACCAACUGCUCAUCUACGUAACUGACGACAACUUGCUGUCCAGAAGGAAGAAGGCUACGGCUCUUGUGGAAACAGGGACGGUGAUGUUGAGUAUCAAAGUUAUUCCUCACCCAACCACAAUCCUCACCACUACUCCUAGGCCCAGGAUCACUUACCUGAUCCAGAAGGAAAAUGUUUAUUCUCCAUCAGCGUGGUAUGUCCCUUUUGUCAUCACCUUGGGCUCCAUGUUGCUUCUGUGUUUCCUGGUGUCCCUGACGAUCCUGUUGGCCAAAGCCAUCCGCAGACACUGUCCCUGCAAGACCAAGAGGGACAAGAAGCCUCGGAUGAAGAAAGGAGAAAUGAAGCCCACAAAGAGAGAGGCCCUAGUGGAAACAAUCCAGAUGAACACGGUCUUUGAUGGAGAAGCCAUAGACCCAGUUACUGGGGAAAUAUACGAAUUCAACUCAAAAACUGGAGCCAGGCGGUGGAAAAAUCCAUUAAACCAGAUGCCAAAAUGGAAAGAAGCCAGGCGGCAGGGAGCUGCUCCACACAGGGUCACUCCUGGUGAGCGAAUGGGGCCACCGAAGACCAUCACUGACACAGGAGAUGGACCGAGGGGCAAAGGACAGUCUGAGGAUAAAGGCACAGGCUCCAGAAAUGAGGAUGGCACACCUAUCACCCCCAAGGACAAAAACUCAACCAUCACAACUGUGGCUUCCCCUAAACCACACCCAGAAAAGUGA